GUCCUGAACCUCUGGAAGUGGGAACUCGGAAGCCUUCUCGUCGCCGUGGGCCUCAUAAGCGCCAUCAUUGGCCUCCUGGCAUACUACAACCACCGCGAGUUAUCAGAAUGGCACCUUAGCAUGAACCUCAGCACCCUGGUAGCGCUACUCUCCACCAUUAUCCGCGCGGGCAUGGUCAUGAUCGUGGCGGGCGUCAUCAGCCAGCUGAAAUGGAGCUGGUUCGCCGAACGACCGCAUCCGCUCAGCCAGCUUCAAGACUUUGACGCCGGCAGCCGCAGUGGAAUAGGCUCGCUCCGCUUGAUCUGGAUUCUCCUCACCCGCAGCCGGUCAAAGAGCAUCCUCGCCUUCCACGCCGUACUGGCCGCGGCAGUCGGCGUCUUGUCCUUCCUAGUCGGCCCCUUCAUGCAGCAGGCCAUCCGGAGCGACAUCUGCCCGCGCGUGCUUCCGGACGUCAACUCCAGCAUCCCCGUGGCCAACUACGUCGAGGGCAGGUAUUACCGCGUCGCGGCGGGAGCCUGGGAGGUGACGGUCGACAUGAAGGGCGUCAUGGUGCAGGGCCUGACCAAUCCGAGCAGCCAGGACCUGGCCAUCAAGCCCUUCUGCCCGACGGGCAACUGCACCUUUCCCGACUACGGCACGGGCGUGACGCACUCCACUAUCGGUAUGUGCAGCAAGUGCCGCGAUAUCACGGCCGAUGUGGAAGGUCCGGAUGAGAGCGGCAACGUCACCCUUUCUCUUGGAGAAAACCAGGACCCGCUCUGGAUAGCGCUGUAUGGGCUGCAGCUGGGGGUAAUGCCCUUUCUGUCCACAACCACCUCCUUCCGCGACCCCCUGGCCGAAUCAGCGUUCCUCGGAAUCCCAACCGGCUCUCAAAGCGCCAUCAAGAGCGUGACCGUUCUCACAGCCUCCAACUCGCCCUGCACCAACACCUCCUCGGGCGAGCUAAUCUGCCCGCACCGCGGCUCCGCAGACCCCGUCUCACCCCAGGCUCUGUACGGAGGAGUAGGCGAUUUCGUCGCAGCCACAUGCACCUUGUACCCCUGUCUGCGCUCCUACUCCGGCUCCGUAGUCGACGGCGUGCUGCGCGAGACACUGGUAUCCACCACACCGGCCGUCCUCGAGGACACAGAUUCCUUCAUUCAAUCCAACUACACCGCCGUCCGGUCACCCUGCGUGCUAGACUCCUCCGGGACAUCGUACACAGAAACCAACUUCUCCUCAGCCCCCGCCGUCCCAGGCCGAACCUUUUCCACGGCCAACCUAGCCGGCGUCAACACCACAGUCCCCAACGCAUGCCUCUACAAGCUCACCUGGAUCUACUCCCGGGCCAUGAGCUUGCACAUGUCCUCACUAUUCGACAACGGACAAUGCAUCUACGACCGCCGCCAGGGCGAGGAACUGUGGUGCUCCCCGACGUGGUGGCUUUCGCCCUUGUACGCGUCGCGCAACGCAAGUUUGGCGACUAUCAGCAAUGCCAUGGACGCGUUUGCGUCGGCUAUUACGACAAAGUUCCGCACCGCGGGGUAUGGGCCGGAUGAUAUGCACGGGGUCGAUCUGGGACAGGGAACUGGCUAUGCGGUCAAGGGGCAGGUGACGAGGAAUUCCAUCUGUAUGAGUCUUGACUGGCGGUGGGUUCUGUUGCCGUUGGUGCUCUUGGUAGUGAGUGCGGCGUUGCUUGUGUGGAUGGUGGCGAGGAACCUAGGGAAUAGGGGGGAUCCGGUGUGGAAGGCGAAUGUGCUGCCGCUUGUUUUGUUUGGGUUG